AUGACUUCCGACUCGGCCAAAGGGCCACCCAAAGGUGGUAUGUCGCUUUAUGCGAACCUACUGGGGGACUCCACAGAUGCGCCAGGAACCAUCUCUCGCGCACCAGUAGUCUUCAAACAGACCUCCGAGCCCGAGCCGCAAGAGGACUCGGCGGCUAAAAAGCAACAUGUCAACCCUGCUUCUCUCCGAUUCCAGCCCACCAAAAGACCCCAACAGUCUACGCAAAGGUCAAAGCCAAAGCCAAAGGUAGCGCCCCAGCCAACACCCAACCAGCCAUCGGUGCCAGUGAAGACAACCAUGGCAGACUGGACUUCGAGGGAGGAGGAUGACCAGGAGUACUACGGCGGCAAUAACGGCAAUAAACGACAACGCGGCGGGCGAAAGAAGCGCAAGAAGAACCCCCACGAGCAAGUACAUGUUGCCGAGGACUGGGACGCCCCUUAUGACCCCACCUGGCCAACCAACUAUCAAGAAUAUCGCAAUAGCGAUGAGAAAAUCCGCGAAGUCCAAGAAUGGAAAGACCUCCUGUACAGACAUCGCAUGCGGCGUUCUCCAACCAUGGACUCGGACAGUGAUGAUGACCGACCAACUAAUCGUAUGCGCCGAUCUACCACAGGCGAUAAUUGCAGAAAUGGACUGACUGUUUCUCAAGGACAAUUUGCACCGCCGAGCUUCGCGCCCCCACCUAACAUCAACGAUGUACCUCCACCUCCUCCAGCUUCUACCCAGGUCCUGAAUGAGGCCUCUGGUGAGGACGCAUUCGCCCGACGCGCAGCUCUGGCUCAAAGCCAGCACACACAACCCCCACCCCCUCCGCCCGAGGAGCCAAGUCAAAUGCCACGCCCAAACAUCCCACCCGCUCAACCCAAACCUCUCGACACAUUCCAACCUAGCUCCGCCACAAUCUCUCGGGCCCCGGUACGCUACAACCUCCCACCCGCUCCUGAAGAUAUCCCUGCAACCGAAGCCGAACUGGAAGCCGCAUUCGCACAAGAAGAACAAGACCAAGAACCAAGUGAAGAUGCGCCUCGCUCAAAUCGACCGGGCCAGAAAGGAUUCGCGGAAAGAUUACUUUCCAAGUAUGGAUGGUCCAAGGGAACUGGACUUGGCGCCACUGGCUCUGGCAUGGUGAAGCCUCUUCAAGUUCAGGUUGAGAAACGCAAGAAGCGACCUGAUGCCGAAGGUGGUGGCUUUGUGACACCCGCUGGACGGGGUAAGAUCAUUGGAAGCAAGCAGAACGAUCAGUACGCCAGCAAGUUUGGGCCUAUGUGUGAAGUUAUCAUUCUUCGGGGCAUGCUGGAUGGUAUUGAUAUCGACUCGGAAAUGGCGAGUAGUCAUGAUGGUGGAGUGAUGCAGGAGAUUGGCGAGGAGUGCAAUGAAAAGUAUGGAACUGUUGAGCGGGUCUUCAUUGCUCGUGAUGCCGGUAUCCCUGUUCCUGUCUUUGUUAAAUUCGUCAGUCCGCUGUCUGCUCUUCGUGCUGUCAAUGCCCUUGAAGGUCGCGUUUUCAAUGGAAAUACUAUUGUGGCACGUUUCUUUGAUCGGGAGAAAUUCGACCAGGGCAUUUAUGAGGAUUGA